UGUGCUGGUCUGGCCAGAGGCUCCUGACUCAGGGAGGUCAGAGGCAGGCCAGCCUGGACUUGGCAGCAGGAAGUGCCGCCUGUGGCCAUUGGCCCAGCGAGUGAUGAGCCACGGCUCUGCCUAGAUAAAAGCUGGGUCUGCGCAGGGCUCUCCCAAGCACUGCUCUGGCCUCCUUCUCCUUCAGGAACAGGAGCCCCAUCCCAUCACACCAAGAUGUCUUGCUACGACCUGUGCCCACCAAAAACCAGCGUCGCCGUGCCCCAGCCCAUCGCUGAGAGCUGCAACGAGCUGUGUGCGCGCCAGUGCCCCGACUCCACCGCCUUCAUCCAGCCGCCACCCGUCGUCGUCACCUUCCCUGGCCCCAUCCUCAGCUCCUUCCCCCAGCAAGCCGUGGUGGGCUCUUCCGGAGCACCCGCCUUUGGGGGCUCCCUGGGCCUGGGGGGCCUCUAUGGUGCCAGGGCCACGCAAGGCUCGGGGGGCCUCUGCACCUUUGGCAGGCCCUACGUUUCUCCUGCCUGCGGUCCCUGCCCCUUGCCCCGCUACAGCAGGAAGCUGUGGGACAACUGUGGGCCUUGCUAAAUCCUAGGCCCAGCUCACAGCGAGUGUCACCAGCGUCCCCUCAUGCUUGAGUGCCUGGGCACGGGGCACUGAGGAGGGCUCAGCAUCUCCAGCUGUGGCCGAGGCCUGGGCAGCUGGCAGUGCUGGCACCUUCGUACACCUUGUGUUCUUACUUGCUUCUUGUCCUCCCUGGCCAGGACUCCUUGCCCAGCCUGACAUUUGCUCUCUGUCCUCUUCUGCCCUGAUGGGAGCAAUAAAGUUUUCCUGCAUCAAGUCCUGUCUUCUCCAUCUCUAUUUGUUGUGAUUCUACUCAAAGCCUGGGUGGUUUUGCGAUUGCUUUGAAAGAGCAAAUGCUCAGGUCCCCCUUGGGCCGGUGGAUGGGAGAGGUAGGUCUGGCAGAGGGGGCUUCUGCUGGGUGAGCUGGAGAAGGCGCAGAGAGUGGGAGGGUGCUGCCUGCCCGCCUUUGCCAGUCUGUCUCACACUGGGAAUGGGACCGGUUCUGCCAACUCACACUGCUCCUCCGAAUCUCAGCACCAGAUCUGGAAAUGCCUGAUUUGUCCAUGGAAAAACAGGCCUGGUUCAGCGUCAUUUUCUUCCAUGUCCUGACUUCAUCACUUGUGCUCUUCUCUGUAAUGUCAGAGUCCAGGUAAUGAUUUUUUGAUGGAGGGCAGAUUAAUCUGAAUUUGAUGUAAUCUGCAAGGCGUCAAGGUGAAUUAAUUUUCUUGGUGCUACAAGGAAUCUAGGGGACAGGAAAGCAGUAUUUAUGUGGAGCGAUUUUGGUGGACUGUGAGUAUUCCUCAUUGUUAGAAAUGGAACGUAACAGUAAGCUAUGCAAAAUGCUGUGGUCUGAGGAGAUGGCUUCUGAGUUCCUGCUGUAGAAGGAGAGAAGUUCACGUUGGCUCUUUGGGAAGGGCUUUUACUUGAGAAACUACUCAAGCAAGGAACAGAUUCUCUCAGGAAGUGCUUUGGACAAAGGUAAAGAUUAAUUCUUGAUUCUGUGGCGUCAGAAGCUGUAUCUCUGAUCCUCGGGAUACCAUGACGUUCUAAUUCAGGAUACCCAAUGAUCCUAUGAAGUAAUAGGCUGUAGGUGGCCCAGUUAGAGAUGGUGCCAGGAGGAGACAAAUUCUCAAUGUCCCCUCACAAGUAAGCCAGAGCCUUCAGAUAGGGCAGAGCCAUGAUUUUGGUUAAGCCUUGACAAGCAAUUGGGGAUGGAAGCUGGAGGUCUGAACCUGCCCUGUGGUUGCAUGUCAUGGAGGCCGGGAGCAGCCAUCAUUCAGACGGGGACCCUGGAGACGUGAGAGCCAAAGCUGCCACAGCCAGGGGCUUUUCACCAAAGCAGCGCAACCUGGCUCAGCGUGAACCUGAGAGCCUGUCCGGGGUCAAGAGGGGGGCCACGUGCAGGGGAAGGGAGCUCUGGAACUCCUAUGGAUCCCAGGAAGAAAAGCCUGAGAGUCGAGAAUUGGAUGCAAGCUUAUUUUAUUGUGAAGGUAGGAAAAAACAAACAGCAGAGAUGCGUACCAGGCCCAGGCAGACAGGAGGGACCAUGGGCUUCAGGCGUCCUUCAGGCAGUGGCCUGCACAGGGCCCAGAACAAACCCAGCAGGUCAGUGUUGGCAUCA